AUGCUCUCUUUCACGUUCCCUCUCCUCGCUGCUGCUGCUGCGGCCCUCUGCGGACUUACGGUCCAAGCAACCCCUACCAGUCUCGUCCCUCGCGCGGACGGGCCGCCAGACCCAAGCAGCUGCAGUCCCAGCUGCGAGUUCCUGUGCACCAAGUUUACGCUACACACCCUCGAGAUCGAUGGCACGGCCAACUACCAGCUGUCGGCAUCCAAGACGCUCGCCGUCAAGUACGACGGCGAGGAGGUCUGUCCGAUGGAGAGACACGAGUGCCGCGGAGGGUCCUGCGACUUCCGGUACACUUGCAAGGAGGGAUGGAGCUUCUUCCUGCCCGACCAGGCCAUGGAGGGCCCGUGGGAGUUCGAUCUGCAAGGAUUGCCGUACACUCGCUAUAUUCCCGACGGAUGGCCGCAGCUCGGCCCGAUUUCCAUGGAUGAUAUCGAGUGCGAUGCUUGGCAGUGUGGAGGAGGACUCAAUCCUAUGACAUGCCGCAACUGCGAGAUUGGUAUGAAGCGCCAGUUCUAUACUGCUGAGAAGACUUGCGACCUGCCAGAAGGAUGGUAG